AAUGCCAACUUGGAAUCAAUUUACAGUGGCAGUGUCUUUCUCAAAUAGCCAAAGCUUAAAACCCAAAACCCCACCUAAACACUUUCUUUUUUGGCGCUAACACUCUUCACAGACUAACGUUAGCAGCCAUUUUUAGUGAAUCAAUCAAAUGGGGGAAGAAGAAGCUUCAGAGCAGCAGCCCAUUAGAGAAUCAAUGGGUGAAGAAGAUGCUGUAGAGCAGAUGGAAGACCCAACAGAAGCUGUAGAAAAACAAUCGGAAGAAUCUUCUUACCGUUGGCCGGUUAUUCAAUAUGAUAUUCCCCCAUAUCGAACCUAUCAUUUCUUCAAUCACUUCAGAACUCCUUCUAACCCUAACAAUUUCUUAAAGGGUGUCAAAUGGUCCCCUGAUGGCUCUUGCUUCCUCACUUGCUCUGAUGAUAAUACCUUUUGUUCCUUUACCUUGCCAUAUGAUGAAAGUGGAUGGCUUGCUGAUACUUCUUCAUCAGCUGCUGAUACAGAUUCUUAUGCUGCAAGCCUUGUCAUGAGUGAGGGGGAGUCUGUAUAUGACUAUUGCUGGUAUCCCUAUAUGUCUUCUUCAAGUCCAGAGACAUGUGUUUUUGCAAGUACUGCCCGUGAUCACCCUAUUCAUCUUUGGGAUGCUACUACUGGACAGUUACGCUGUACUUACCGUGCUUAUGAUGCCAUGGACGAGAUCACUGCUGCCUUCUCAAUUGCUUUCAACCCAGCAGGGACUAAGAUAUUUGCUGGAUACAACAAAUCCGUAAGAAUAUUUGAUAUUCAUCGGCCUGGUAGAGAUUUUACCCAGCACUCCACCCUUCAAGGAAAUAAAGAAGGGCAAUCAGGCAUUAUAUCCUCAAUUGCUUUCUGCCCAAGCCAUUCAGGAUUGCUGGCUACAGGCUCCUAUAGCCAAAGUACUGCCAUACAUAGAGAAGAUAACAUGGAACUUCUCUAUGUAUUGCAUGGUCAAGAAGGUGGGGUAACACAUGUUCAAUUCUCAAAAGAUGGAAACUACUUGUACACUGGUGGCAGGAAGGACCCUUACAUACUGUGCUGGGACAUUCGGAAGACUGUUGAAAUUGUUUACAAGCUGUACAGAUCAUCAGAAACUACCAAUCAGCGCAUAUAUUUUGAUAUUGAACCUCAAGGUCAGCAUCUUGGCUCUGGAGGACAGGAUGGCUCAGUUCACAUUUAUAAUCUUCAAACUGGACAGUGGGUGUCCAGCUUCCGAGCUGCAUCAGGUACUUCUUUAUGUUCAUAUACAGAAAGCUUAUGUUGGAAGAAGGUCUACCUAUUUUCUUCUAUUUCUUACUCAGCUUAUCCCAUUUCAGACACGGUGAAUGGUUUUUCCUUUCAUCCUUUCCUGCCAAUGGCUGCCUCUUCGUCAGGCCACCGGAGGUUUGGAGUUUUAGAUGACGCCUGCGAGGAUCUGCUCCUUACUGGUGAUGAAAAUUGUGUUUCUGUGUGGAGCUUCUCCUAUUCAGCAUCCUUAGAAAAUGGUGAUAGUCCCAAUUCUGGAGGCUCAAAUGGUAAAUCUGAGCUUCAGGACCUUCAUCAAGAAUCUUGAUCCUUGUACCAGCCUUGUGUAUAAACUUAUCUCAGCAUGUGGUGCCAUCACCUUCAUUGUGCCACCUUAAAAUACAACCACAGAAAGUCAUUCUAAACAAACUGUGUUGCACUAUUUAUGAAUGUAUGCGCAAUAGCUCUGCUGCCUUAAAUUUUCCUAACCAGUUAUUAGCUCAUAGAUAUUACUUCUGGUAGUUGCCUCAUUUGGACUUAAUUUAUCCUUUUCUCCUUUUCCAUUUUGGUAUAUGGAAAAGAAAAUCACAGCAAAGUUUGAGGAAUUGUGUCUAGCUUGCUACUUUUUGAAUGUGUUAUCCAUGCAUGGUAA